GGGAGAGCUCCGAUCAAACGACCGCAACGAAGGGUGUCCCGCGAAUGGGCAGCAAGACAUGAAUAAUGGCUAGGCUCAUUGAGCUCUUGCUGCUCGUCCCUAUCCCCUUCCUCAUCUACCUCCACCUCGUCCUAUCACCAUACACUAAGGUGGAGGAGUCAUUCAACAUCCAGGCUGCCCACGACAUUCUAAGAUAUGGAAUUCCAUCAAAGAAUAUCGCUAACGAGUUCCGCGAAAACUAUGAUCACUUCACAUUCCCGGGUGCUGUACCGCGGACGUUCGUGGGAGCUCUACUACUCGCUGGAGUUGCGCGACCGUUGAUAUGGUUAAGGGCCGGGCUCCAGAUUCAAAUCCUAGUGAGAGCAAUCCUGGGUACAUUCAAUGCCCUUUCGUUGGUAUCUUACGCCCGGGCAGUCAAAAAAGCCUUCGGCAAAGAAACUGGCAUGUGGUACAUCUUUUUCCAAGCCAGUCAAUUUCAUGUGGUAUACUAUGCAUCUCGGACUCUUCCGAAUAUGUUUGCAUUUGGCAUCACUACUCUGGCUUUGCGGUUCCUUCUUCCUGAUACGGAUGCAACUCCUGGGAGCUCUAGCAGAAGGUAUCGGCUUUGUCUCUAUCUCCUUACUGUAGCGGGUAUCGUUUUCCGCUCAGAGAUAGCCUUGCUUUUGGGCACCAUCACUAUUUAUCACUGGUUGCAAGGAAACAUAAGCAUCCGCUAUGAAAUUAUUCCCGCUGGUUUAUCUGGCGCUUUAAUUGCAUUGCUCGUUUCGGUUCCCAUUGAUUCCUUCUUCUGGCAAAAAUUUCCUCUCUGGCCCGAACUCUCAGCGUUCUUAUACAACGUGGUCUCCGGGAAGGCAUCUGACUGGGGAGUCCAUCCAUGGCAUUUCUACUUUACCAGCGCCAUUCCUCGGUUGCUUCUCAACCCCUUAACCUACCUUAUCUCAAUUCCCCUAUCAUGUAUCGUUCCAGCCAGGCAGCGUGCUGCCCUCUCACUCCUCACACCAUCCCUUGCAUACAUCGCCCUGUACAGCCUCCAGCCCCACAAAGAAUGGCGAUUUAUCAUAUACACCAUUCCACCCCUUACCACUGCAGCCGCUCUCGGAGCAUCAUAUAUCUGGACUCACCGUACCAAAUCUCUGCUCUACCGUUUUGGUUCUAUCUCUCUCAUUCUUUCCACUCUCGCUGCCUUUUCGAUUUCCACAUUUAUCCUCCUUCCCGUCUCCAUGGCCAACUAUCCAGGCGCUCUCGCACUUAACAAGCUGCACGACCAAGCCCACGGCUCGAAGCCAGUGAUAGCAGUGCAUCUUGACACACUAGCGUGUCAAACGGGGGUAACUCACUUCCUCGAAAAACCACCACCCAAAAGUCCAUUGCUCGUCCUCCGCGGUUCACCGGAUGGAAAUGUCCCGACACUGCGUUCUGGAGCGACGCGCUGGAAGUACGAUAAGACGGAAGAUGAAAGCGUGAAGGGAUCCGCUAUCUUUUGGGAUAGACUGGAUUAUGCGUUGGUUGAGGACCCCAGUCAAAUUAAGGGCAGAGGGAAAUGGGUGGUUUUGGAAGAGGUUAAAGGGUUUGGUGGGAUUAGCUUAUUGAAGCCUGGACAAGGGGAAAGAUUGGGGCGGGUAGAGAUGGGAAUUCUGAAGAAGGUAUUUGGAGAUGCUGGUGUGAGUGUAUGGGAGUGGAUUCAGCGGAAUGCAAGAGGCCAUCUUACGCGUGGGUGGUGGGCGGAAAUUAGGAUAGUGCCAAAAAUUAAGAUCAUGAAGCAGGUUAGAUAUUCAAGUAUGUAGGGCCUGGUAGCGAUAGUAGCGGGUUUGAAUUUCGGUCGAUAUAUAUCUAUAUAUA